AUGAAAAAAGUGAACUCAGAUCACGAGCAGGCUGUAAAUUCUUUGAACAGUGAAUUGGGAAGUUUGAAGAUCCAGAUAAGAAACUUGGAGAUAGUCGACGGGGAGAGGGUGAACUUGAAAGAGAGAUUGAGAGAAAGUGAGAGUAUGAUUAAAGACUUGAAUCAACAAAUUGAUAAUAUGAAGUUACAUGAUAAAGAGCUCAAGUUGAAAGAUAAUGAAACAACGAAAAUGUUUGACCAGAUAGCUGAAUAUGAAAGCGUAAUAAAGGAACACACAGAGGACAGAAGGCUGCACGAAAGGAAAGGCAACACUGUGAUUAAGGAUUUAAAGAAGCAGUUGCAGGCUGAGAGGAAGAGAUGCGAAAAACUCCAAGAAGUUCUUUCAGAUUCUAAAAAUAGGCAAUCAUUGGAGGAACUAUUCAGCCCAGUCGAUGACAGGCUGAAGUUAGCAGAUACCAGUUCAUUAUCAUCAUGGAGUCCUAGUGGAGUAAGCAGUCGAGAUUACAUCGUGCCUAGCACGGAUGAUGACGUCAGCAACGAACAACAACAACAUCAAACAUUGAAAUUCGAGAAUGAAGAACUGAUCAGAAGAGUCGAGAAACUGCAAAGGAAAAUUUCAACUCUAGAAGAAAAGGUUUCUUAUUUAGAGUCUUCCAAUGCCUCGAUGGCCGAAGAUCUCUUAGAGAAAACUGCAGUCAUCGAUCACUACCACAUGAACAGUAGGGCUGGUAUAUCAUCAUCAUCAUCAUCAUCAACAACAACCUCCUCGCUACAACAACAUCGCCACAACAACCACUACCACAACAUGUCGACUGAUAAACUAAGUUUGAAACGCGUUGUCGAUUAUGUGGUGUCGUCGUCGUCUGGAGGUGGAGCUGGAUUUAGAAACUCUUUCUCUGGAGCUGUCCAAGUUAAAAAAUCAGGAGACCACUUAGGAGUGACCAACGUUAUAUCAGAUGUAGGCCCGAGUGUUCCAUAUCGAGAUCUCUGGGAAGCUUAUAAUGAAUUCAGGCAGAAAGGCAUGUUCUGUGACGUGGUGUUAGUCGUCAACGGAAGGAGGUUCCCGGUUCACAAGGCCAUUUUGGCGGCACACAGCAGCUACUUUUUUGCACUGUUCACGAACGGCAUGAAGGAGUCGAUGGAGGACGUCGUCCACAUGCAAGGCUUAGAGACGGAAUCAAUGGAGAUAAUCCUGAACUGCAUUUACACGAUGAAACUUCCACUCAACAAGCAGAACAUUUAUAGCGUAUUUGCACAUGCAGAAUGUUUCUGCCUCAACAGUAUCUGUGAUGCGUGCGUUUGCUACAUCGUCGCCAGUCUCAAGCCAACGAAUUGUGUCGAAUGUUUCUUAUUCGCCAAGAUUCAUAACCGGACGGAUUUAAUUGUUAAGUGCUUAGAGGCGAGAGAAUUAUGCAACCUCCUCAGUAGCAAUACGCUGAAUUCAGAAUCGGAAGAUGAAAUUUUUAACGUCGUCUGCCUCUGGAUCGAAUAUGAUACGCUGAAGAGAUCGCACUACGUCUCGAAGUUCUUACGUUGCUUGAGGCUAGGACUGCUGACCGGUGAUUUCUUCUUGGAUAAGGUGUUCUGCAGUUCGCACGUUGACAUCAAUUGGAAUUCAGUGAAUGAGAUCAUCAACCAAGCAUGGAACCUCAUAAACUGGUCUGAGAAGAACAAGCUCCACUCGCCGUCCAGUAGGGCCUCCCUUGCCCACCCCUUCCUGAAGCCCCGCAUACCCAGACACAUUAUUUUCGCAGUUGGAGGCUGGAGUGGCGACAGCGCAAUAGCCUUCAUAGAGACGUACGAUUGGAAGGUGGAUCGCUGGUACAGCCACCCAUACUUGGAAGAUUCGGUGCCGAGAGCCUACCACGCCAUGAUUGUCCACCUGGCAGUCAUCUACCUCAUCGGCGGGUUCGAUGGCUCCUACUACUUCAACUCCGUCAAGUCUUUCAAUCCGGAAACGGGCAAGUGGAAGGAACUGGCCCCAAUGUACAGCCAGCGCUGUUAUGUCAGUGGAGUCUGCCACAAAGGACUGAUAUAUGCGUGCGGUGGAUUCGAUGGCAGAUCACGCCUGAACACGGUAGAAUGCUACUGCAUACAAACGAAUCAGUGGAAGCAUGUCCAGCCCAUGCAUCAUCAGCGUAGCGAUGCUUCUGCCGAUGUUUUUAAUGAUGAACUCUAUAUAGUGGGCGGUUUCAAUGGCGAGCACUGCCUAUCGUCUGCUGAAUGUUAUAACCCCAUCCUAGACCAAUGGACUCUUCUGCACAGGAUGACGUCAGCACGUAGCGGAGUCAGUCUCGUGGCCCAAGGCGAGUUCAUUUAUGCCCUCGGGGGUUUCGACGGAAUUCGGAGGCUGGAUUCAUGCGAGCGUUACAACCCCUCGGUAAACAUCUGGGAGCCAAUGAGCAGGAUGCAUUCGGCCAGGAGCAACUUUGCCGCUGUGGCUAUGAGUGGAUGCAUCUACGUGAUUGGUGGAUUCGAUGGAUCGAUAACGAUUUCGCAAGUGGAAUGUUACAAAAUAUCCGACGGUGUUUGGCUGCCGGUGUCUGAUCUGAAUAUGAACAGGUCAGCCCUGAAAGCUUGCAUACUGGACGGUCUGCAAAACGCAUCCAACUUCACCUUCUACGGCCAGCAGCAAACGGAUAGUAACAUCGAAUCUGGCGACACAUCCCUACAAGCCGGCUAUUCGGUGUUCGGAUACGGCUCCGUUGAUGAAAUGUUUGCUCUAGAGGAAGCUAAUGAAGCGGAUACUACAACUGCGGCUUCUAAUACAGCUGUCAGUAACGAUCGAAAUGAUGAUAAUGAUGAUUGUUGCGAUGGUAAUGAUGAUGUUGAUGUGGUCAAUUUGGGUGAGGUCAGGUGCUCUGGAGAUAACGUCGUCAUCCUUGAUAACGAUACCCUCGCUAAUAACAACAAUCUGCUGACGUUUCUAAAAGUUCAACCGUUCCCAAUUCAUACCAUGGGGGGUUAA